AUGCCACCAGCAAAAAAAAAUUGCAGGAAACAGAAUAACGGACAUAUCCAACAUUUUGAGGUAGCACAUCCAAGGUAUUCUAGAGGGAUUAGAGGUUACCAAAUGAAGGGCGCGAAGGAGAUCCAGAGUCCGCCUGAGCCCGGAAUAAGAGACCUCAGGCAAGCCCUCGCCGCGAGCCCGAGAAGAGAGACCCCAAGGAAAGAAUCUCCCAAGAGCCGCAGACAGGAGAGCCCAGAGUCGCCCGGAGGCCCCUGGGGAAGAGACCCAGGAAUCGCCGAGCCCGUAGAAGGAAGACCCAGGGAAUAUGUCUCCACAAAGAGCACCGAAGGAGACGACGCGAAGGUCGCCCGAGCGCCGAGAGAUAGGAGAACCCGGAAUCCGCCUCGAGAGGAGCCCCGAGACGAAGACGCCAGGCAAGUCGCGCGAGAAGAGCUCCAGAGCAAUGAGAGACCAGAGAGUUUCAUCGGCCCCAGAGAGCCACGAGCACGCGAGAGGCCCAGAGUCGAGCCCAAGAGCGAACGCGGAGAACCCAAGGAGUCCACCAAGCAGCCCGAGAACCAGAUAGACCCGAAAGGACGCCCCAUGGCGAGACCGAGCGAGGAUGAGAACACGCAGAGAGUGCACCCGCAGGGCCUGAGAAGGGUUAAUGGUUAA